AUGGCGGCUGCAGUGGGGAUCUGCGGCUGCGUGCUCUUCGCACUUGUGGCAUCUUUUGCCGUUGCUCCCUCGUUGUGUUGGUGCGGGAGUGAGCGAGCGGCUGCGUCGGUGGAGUUGCGCCCCAGUGGGAGAGGAAAGGCGCUGACCGCCGCUGACGGUGACGGUCUUUGCUGCAGGCGGUCUGACGGGAAUACGUCACCGGUGUCACAGUUAACCGAGAUGGAUGAGGGCCGCACUGCGUCUCUGUCCCCUCUCUUCGUCCUCUCAGUCCACUGCGGUCACAACCGCCGCGCGGCAUCUGCACGACUACCAUCCGGAUCUCUGUGGGCCAAUCAGACUGUGCAAUCGGCAUGGACCGUUUUCCCCGUGUUUGAGUGCCGCCGCCGUGCUUCUUUGUGUUUCCUUCUUUGUGCGAUGCCGUGCGCGCCUGGUGCCGCUGCUUGCUGCACAAUGCCGACUCGCGUGAACGAGAAACGAUGCUUUGACUGCUGGCGACCGGCGAGCUCUCCACCCCACUUACGCACCACCAACACCAACACCUUUCGGACGCGUUUGAUGGCUGGCGGUUGUAACGCUGCCACAUGGUCUGCCUCGGCUCUUGUGUGUUGUGCACGGCAUCGGGACCGCUCUGUGAUGCAGCCAUUCGGUAACAGGGGGGGUGCCAGUGGUCAUGUGGCUUUUUGCCGGGGUUCCGCCACUCGGCACGGUGGCUGUACGGGGUUGUGUGGGAUGUGCGAGGGAGAUGGUGUCACUGACUUUAUUGCGUCUGCGCUGCUUUGUGUCGACGGCUGUAAUUUGAUGGUUAUUGUGUAUGACCGGAUGCCUCUGCGUGCCACUGUGUUUGUUUACUGUUGUUGCUGCCUCUUAUUCCUUUUUUGA